GGGAUCUUUUAUUCGUCCUUGAGGAGUUGCUUUAAAAGAAGGCAAGAUCGUUCCAACUGUAGAGCAGAUCACGUCAUUCACUCCCUAAUGAUACACCACCCUGAGAACAAACAGACCCAGAGAACGUGAGAGAGAAGAAAGAAGGGAGGAGUCCACUGAGUCAUCUACUGGGCCUGCGGACAGACUUAUAGCUCACUGGAGAGUUAGUGUGUGUGUGUUGGCCUGCACUGCAGAGAGGGAGAAAGAGCGCAGCAGUCAUUCUGACCACAACAGUCUUUAUCCAGGAGAAUCAUCCACUACUUCACAGUCAGUCACCAUGUCUCAGCCCGAAGAGGGGGAGGAGGGACAGCUGAAGCGUCCUGAGGUGAGCGAGGAGGAUCUGAUCGGAGCGAAGGAUAACCUGAGCUCCAAAGGAAAGCUGAAGGGCAAGACCAUAGAAGUGAUGGAUGAGUGUGAGCGUGCGGGUAAAGUCGCCCCUUCUGUGUUCAGUGGAGUGCGUUCAGGGAGAGAGACCGCCUUCAACAAGCCCCAGGCUCGACAAAUCAAGAAGUAGCAGAGGCAGCAAAGCCACUUCUUAUACUCCAGCCUGGCCUAUAUUUAAAACCACACUUGUGACUGAAUGGGCCUUAUGGUCAAGUAUUUCUUAACUUUUUAAUAAAAAGCUUGAACCCUCA